GAUCCCGAAUCUGCAUCCAGAUGGGCGAUCCCGACCAGAAAUCGCCGGCUUUCAAAAGACUAGCUCGAGCGGUCCAGACAAAUUCGGUAUGAAUCCUAGACUAGGAGCUGCGUGGCCCUCCAAAAGGGUAGGCACUGUGCAUCAUUCUAAAGUUUAUUGGGAUAAUCUAUGUGUGGCUCUACAUGAUCCAUGCAACGCCAAUAGAGAGAGAGAGAUAUUUCAUUUGCUGCAUAAAUUUCACAGAGAGAUUUCAUUUGCUGUAUAAAUUUCAGAGAGAAAGAUUUCAUUUGCCGCAUAAAUUUCAGAACGAAGAUAAGUGCCCCACAUUUUUCAUAUCCUGAUCCGCUCGCCAUGAGGGGCGUAGCCAUGGAGGCCACUCUUAGAGAGAGAAGAAUGGUUAGAGCUUAGAACCCACAAAACAAUAAACAAAUAUAGUAAGAGAGAUAUAUAAAAGGAAGGAAGGAAAAUGCUUCUCACAAUUCCUCCUUCGAGUCUCUUCUUGAGCUCCACUCGCCUCUCUCUCUCCUCGAACUCCACUCUCUCUCCUCCCCACAACUCUCUCUCUCGUCUCCUCGCGUCUUCAAGGGGAUUCAACAGCUCAUUAAGAUGCACUAGACUGCCAGAUGCCCCAGAAAUAGCUCAAGUUCCCUCUGAAGAAAAGAGGGAAGGCCCAGAUCUUCAAACCCUUUUGAGGAGAUUUUGGAAUAUUGCUGCUCCAUAUUGGUCAUCCGAAGACAAAGUUCAAGCCAGAUUAAGACUGGCGGCUGUGUUUGCUCUUACACUGGCAACCACUGGUAUCAGUGUCGGGUUUAAUUUCCUUGGCCGAGACUUCUAUAAUGCACUUGCUAACAAAGACCAAGAACAAUUUACGAAACAACUUCUGUACUACUUGGGGGGUUUUGCUGGAGGAAUUCCGUUCUUUGUCCUCAGGGACUAUGCAAGGGAAACUCUCUCUCUUAGGUGGAGAUCAUGGAUGACAAGUUAUUAUAUGCAACGCUAUUUUGAGAACCAGGCAUUCUACAAAAUCCAGUCCCUCUCGAUAAUAGACAACCCUGAUCAACGUAUUGUUGAUGAUCUUAGUGCCUUUACUGGAACGGCACUCUCAUUUUCGUUAACUCUCUUCAAUGCAGCUGUGGACUUAAUAUCAUUUAGUAAUAUUCUUUAUGGUAUUGAUCCUCCACUAUUCAUUGUGCUUUUGGUUUACUCGCUGGGAGGCACGGCAAUUAGUGUGUUUUUAGGAAAGGGUUUGGUCAGUUUAAAUUUCAUGCAAGAGAAAAAGGAAGCGGAUUUUCGUUAUGGACUUGUACGUGUCAGAGAAAAUGCUGAAUCCAUUGCUUUUUAUGGUGGAGAGGGGAAUGAAAUGCAACUUCUGCUGCUACGCUUUAGAAGAGCUUUUGAGAACCUAAGUCAACUUCUGAUUUCUUCACGAAAUCUGGAGUUCUUCACGAAUGGGUAUCGGUAUCUUAUUCAGAUUCUCCCUGCCGCUGUUGUUGCUCCGAUGUAUUUCGCAGGAAAGAUUGAAUUUGGAGUUAUCAACCAAUCUGUUUCUGCUUUCAAUCAUAUUCUUGGUGACUUUUCACUGAUUAUCUACCAAUUUCAGGCUAUCAGUGCAUUUUCAGCUGUGAUUGAUAGGUUAGGUGAGUUUAAUGAUGUAUUAGAUGAUACUGGUACUUCAUAUAGCUCUGGAGCCAUGCAAGAGAUAAGUAUCUCCUAUGCCAAUGAGAGGCAGUCACAUUCCUUGCAGUCAAAUGGAGCAAUACUUGUAGAAGAAAGGCAUAAGUUACUGGAAAUUAAACAGCUGACAUUGCAAACUCCCCGAAUUAAUGUUACACUAGUCAGGGACCUCUCUUUGGUGGUCCAUAGUAGGGAACAUUUACUGAUUAUGGGUCCAAGUGGAAGUGGUAAGACUUCUUUGUUAAGAGCCAUGGCUGGCCUUUGGAGCUCUGGUAAGGGAAAGAUCACAUUCUAUUUAAAGGAUGCAAGGGAUUCUCAAGAGCCAAAUUCGGAGGAGGCUGCUCCUAUGGAGCUGGAAAAUGCAUCAAAAACAAAGAAAGAACUUGAAAACUUCAACCAAAGAAGAUCUGCAAACAUAUUUUUCCUCCCCCAAAGGCCAUACAUGGUUUUGGGAACACUACGUCAGCAGUUACUAUAUCCUACAUGGAGUGAAAAUGUGAAUGCCACAUCGGAACAAAAUCAGUUUUCUGGUUCUUUGCCGUUUUUGUUCAAAGCACCAAAUUCUAAGGAAAUAUAUGAAAAUGGUAUGAAACCCACUGAUGAAGAUCUCAGCAGAGUGCUAAAGACUGUGCAACUUGGUGAUGUAGCAGAUCGCUUUAAUGGCCUCGAUUCCAUUUUUGAGUGGUCAAGUGUCCUUUCACUUGGUGAGCAGCAACGCCUUGCAUUUGCCCGUUUGUUGUUAGCUCGGCCCCAGUUGGCAUUGCUCGACGAAGCCACCAGUGCAUUAGAUGAAACCAAUGAGGCUCAUCUCUAUAAAAUGAUUGAAGCAGCUGGGAUUACAUAUAUAAGCGUUGGUCAUAGGAGGACACUUUGUGAUUUUCAUAGCCAAAUUCUCCGGAUAGGCCAGCCAGAUUCUGAAGAUUUUGGUCAAAAAGGCUGGGUUCUUGAAUCCAUGAACCUUGCGCCCACCUUAAAUACUGUGGAGCCAGCAGUGUGAACACACCCAAAAAUCAUGCAGAGACUAUGGCUAUUCUUAAUAGCACAGAGGGAUUUCAUGAAGUGUUGGCUCAGGUACUUUACUGCAGUCAAAACUUUGUUACCGAGGUCAAAGCUUAAUGUCUGGCCUUUUGCUCGCUUGGGUUUGGGCCAUUAAAACAUCUUAUUCUUCUUUUUUAUUUAUUUAUUUAAAAUUUUGGCCCAUAUAUGGGAUGAAAUUUCAUGGGAAUUUGGUCAGAUGGUGGCUUGAAAGUAAUUCAUUCAGCCAUAAGGUUCUCUUAAGCAUGGCUGCUGUAGAAGCUAGAGACCCUGAAGGCAAAGAGUUGAGAAUCCAAUCUAUUACCUAUCAAUCAGGUGAUUUGAUUUUAGGAAUUUGGCUAAAGCAUGAGUAUCUUUUAUAUUCUUUGCUCCUUUUUCUUUUCUACUCGAGCAUAUGGUAACGAGACCCUGAUGGGAAUUCAAGGAAAGACAGAGCAAUGGUAAUCUUUUCAUUUGCUAUUAAUGCACAGAAAAGCAUACAAUAAGACCGUUUUCCUUCAUAACAAGAUGAUUAUCACCA